UGUCUGCCCAUCCUGUGCUCCAGGGUCAGCUCCCCGCGGGUCCAGGGUGGGACCUCCCGGCGCCCCCUCUCCAUCCCUUCUCCAGCGGGUGGAAUCAAGCUCUCCGGUGCACCCCUUGGGCACCCACCAUCCUCCACAAGACCCCCAGGACCACCUCCCUUGGCCAACAGAGCUCAGCUGUGUACCCUCUGCAUCUCCCCGCUCUGCAAGUCAUGUGCAGCUUUGAGACCUGACCUACAGAAGAAUCCUGGGCUACCAUCAGACAAGGACAUUGCCAACCGUCCUGGGCCCAUCCCCUCGUAUCCCGCAGUCAGUUCCCAAAACUGAGGCUCUCCUCCGGAUAUGACUCUUAUGGGCAGCAGGACUUGGUGGGCUGCAAGUGUCAAACAGCAGCAGAGCCAAACUAGUGGUGUACCAAGAGCUGCUCCUCCUCCUCUUUCUCCUCCUCUUUGUGCGGUCUCACCAUCAGGCAAAAGCAACUUCCUGGUAUUGCACACAGCACCUCACCAGCGGUUAGGAAAGAGCUUCUGGUUCCAAGGGAGGGGGCCUCAGAGAGCCUUGUCCAGAAUGCUUUGGGUGGUCUUUAGCAAGGAGGCAAGCAUCCACUGAUGGAAGAUGACACAUCUGGAGGGGAGAGACACCGUGGUGAGGCACCUUCGGGCAAAGUUCCAACAGAACACGAAAGAACCUCCCAAAGUGGUGGGCUGGCCAGAGAGCCGCCGUGCAGCCUCUCAUGGACCAGAGCCAGGACAGACCCCUGCCAUGGCCUCCAAGGGUGAUCCUCCUCAGCAGUCCCCCUGGAGCAGGGCCUCUCCAUCUCACAGUACAGGUCAGAGUUUGGGACAGCGUUCACCUCAUUCUUCCUGUGAGACCCCAGCACGAAUGGUGUGCCGGAAGAAAGGGAUGUCUCAAGAUGCCAACUUCCAGCCAGUGCCUGCAAAGCCAGGAGGAGAUGUGUUGAACAAGAAGGUGGAAGCAGGUUCUGAUCCUCCCCACAGGAAGCCAGCCCAGCAGACACGGCCACCUGCCAAAGACAAGAGAGCUCCAGCAGUUCCUGCCAAAGGCGCAGCUGUUGUAGCCCCGCUGCUUGUGGGAAGCCCCCAAAGGACAGAGCACCCGGCUCUGCCCCGGAGGAAGCCUUUGCCUCACAUCAGGGAACUGGGAGUGAAACCAGGCAAGCCCCGGCGCCCUCCUGAUGUGGAUUUGGCAAAGUUCAGAGCAGCUGCACAUCCUGGGUCAUCCAUCUGUCCUGCCAUGGCACCACCAAGGAGCGCUCAGCUGGGUCACCUGCAACCAGGCUGCGCUGCAUCAGUGCCCGCACGGUUCCCACUGCGGGAUGCUCCGAGUGGCACAGGGGAUGAAGAUGAGAUAUAUGAUGACGUUGAGCCUGUUGGGCUGGCCAGGAGAAGCCCAGGCCUUCUGCUGCCUUCUGUGUCCCAGCUGCCAGUGCAUCCCUCCCCCAGAGGAGGUGCAAAUGCUGGCCGAGCCUCUAACAGGGUUACCUUGCUGCCAACUACACACAGAGAACCCCAGGUCUCCCAGAAGAUGAAGACCAUGACACUCAAGUCAUGCAAGAAGGAAGAGAAGAUAGACAAGGAGUUUCAGAAGAAAUUCAAGUUCGAAGGCAGCAUCAAUGUCCUGACUCGGAUGAUGGUCGAUCCUGCAAUAACAGAGAAGAGGGGCGGAGCGAAGAACCUGCCACUGAGAAGGGGAGAAAUCCUUGAUGUCAUUCAGUUUACAAAUGAGGAGCAAAUCCUCUGCCGGAACAGCCAGAGGAGGUAUGGCUAUGUGCCCCAGGCCGUGAUGCUGCCUCUGGACACUGACAUCUAUGACGAUGUUGAGAUUUAUGGCUGAGCCAACCAUGCUAAGGCCAAAGGCACAAGACAGCACCACAGGGACCUCCCCAAGGGCUAAAACAUCAACAGCACCAGACACCAGGCUCCUUUUGUGAAGAACCUCUGCUUCCCCUGCAAACCCACUGUGUCCCUGCCUGAACAGUGGCAUGGCUGCUCAGCACGUGGAGCUGCACAGAUCCUGUCCCACAGGGCAGGGGUCCCAGAUCCUCAAGUCACACCAUCACUGUAGCUCUGUUUUGUCUGUGUGAAAUAUAGCAAUGGUUC